CCUUCGGCUCUCUGUUUCUCGAAUCCCCAAUCCUAUCGCGUCGAUCGAUCGAAUCGAAACAUUCCGCUCCCACUCCAGGAUUCGGUGGGACGGUGGCAGCACAUAUGCGCCCGCCGCGCGGCUCCCACCAUCGCUCGCACCGCUCGUGAGUCGUGACGACGAACACUUGGGAGUCUUCUAGCUUACCCGCAACCUCCUCCGGGAAACGCGAUCGCCGCCUCGAAGGAGCUGAGGAUCCAUCCAAGUUCUUCUGUCGUUCGAGGGAAGUUGAAGCAAAGGUGCAAGUAAAAAAUGUUUUACGGGGGAUAUGCUUACCAUGGCAACUCGUUUGAGCAAACGUACCGUUGCUAUCCAGCAUCCUUUUUUGAUAAGCCACACCUGGAAGGUGGCGAUAAAGUAAUAAUGCCACCGUCAGCCCUUGAUCGUCUUGCCUCCUUGCACAUCGAGUACCCUAUGCUAUUUGAGCUGCACAAUGAUGCAACCCAGCGGAUUUCACACUGUGGUGUUUUGGAGUUUGUGGCAGAAGAAGGCAUGAUCAUCAUGCCCUAUUGGAUGAUGCAAAACAUGCUUCUUCAAGAGGGUGACACUGUCCAUGUCAAAAAUGCAACUCUUCCCAAGGGCACAUAUGUGAAAUUGCAACCUCACACAACUGAUUUUCUGGAUAUUUCAAAUCCAAAAGCCAUCUUGGAAAAAACUUUAAGAAAUUUCUCCUGCUUAACCACGGGAGACAGCAUCAUGGUAGCCUACAACAACAAACAAUAUUAUAUUGAUAUCGUUGAAACAAAGCCUGCUUCAGCAGUUAGCAUUAUUGAGACAGACUGUGAAGUGGACUUUGCACCUCCUCUUGAUUAUAAAGAACCUGAGAAACCACGACAACCAACAGUUCCUGCAGGCAAGGCACCUGCUGAAGAUGGAAACACUGUAGUGGAGGAUGAACCAAAAUUCAAACCAUUUACUGGUUCUGGAAAGAGGUUGGAUGGAAAAGCCUCAAAACUGCAAUCAUCUGUGGGUCCUUCCACUGCACUUUCUGCACCUUCAGAUUCAAACAAAAGAGGAAACCAGCAAAUGUCAGCACCGGCAGCUUCGGGAGCUAGCAAUUACAGUCGACAGAAAACUGGAAAGCUUGUUUUUGGUUCAAGUGCAAGCAACAAUAAGGAACCACAAAAGGCUCCUGUUAAAGAGGAGGAACCCGCGAAAAAGGACGAGCCCAGGUUCCAAGCCUUCAGCGGGAAGAGCUACUCAUUGAAACGUUAGCUGCUACAAUAGCCUUACAAAUUUGUUGCUACCCUUUUGUUUCGUGCAUGGUGUUCUUGCACCUGGCCACCAUGUAGAUAUGACUAUAAAUUGAAUUAUGUAUGAUGGAAAUAUGGCCAUCUGUCCAUUUAAGCUCAAAAAAUUAAAACAGUGCUAUUAUCCUACUUUA